CCUCCGUCGAUUCACAAAACAGGAAUCGACGUUUCCGUGCUCGGUGCCGCCGUUUCCGUGCGACACGAAUCGUCGCUACCCCUUGCCGCUAUCGAUUCACAAACACAAACUCCGUUUGCUCGGUGCCGCCGUCGAUUCAGCUUAAAGGGUCUUACCACAAUCCUUGUGCGUACAAUUCAUCGGAAUUUCACCAAAGGAAUGUCUUGAAUUUGGGACAUUUAUGCUCUGAUGCAUCGACGCCUUGCUGUGUUUGGUCGUCAAGUUCUCACAACUUCAUCGCUUUUUACACCAACCACCAAAUCUUUAUUAUUUAGUCAAUCGAGUGCUUGGAACUGCAGGGUUAAUGCAUUGGCUGUAUUUCGAGUGUUUAUGUUCACUUCGACGCAUCGUAGGGGGGUUUUGGACCCUGAUGACCCGUCCACAUUGAUGAAGGAGGAUGGAGUUUCAGUUUGUUCGCACAUGUGGAUUGAAAAUUUUCGAGAACCUGAUAAGACUGUGACCAACGUGUCCACUUAUUUACGUAGAUUUGAAUUGUGGGUUUUGGCAUACCAGAAGGUUUCUGCUGAUGAGACGGGUGCUUAUAUGCCCCGAAGUGCAAUACAGAGGUCAGCUCUAGAAGACUUGUUAGCCCUUCGAAAUGCAGUACUUGACAAUCGUUUUAAGUGGGGAGCUAGGUUAGAGUUCUUUAUUAAGUCUCCAAGGGAUAAGACAGAGUAUGAAUCAUUGUCAAAGAGGAAAAUUAAGGCCAUUUUGACUACUACACAACCAGCACCAUUUCAAGAUCGGAUUGUUCAGGAGGUUUUAUUUAUGAUUUUAGAGCCAAUUUAUGAGGCUCGAUUUUCACAGAAAUCAUUUGCAUUUAGACCAGGUAGGAAUGCCCACACAGUUUUGAGGGUAAUUAGGAGGAGUUUCGCUGGUUAUUUAUGGUACAUAAAGGGAGAUUUGAGUACUAUCUUAGAUGGUAUGAAAGUAGGAAUGGUCAUAGGUGCCCUCACAAGGGAUCUUAGGGAUAAGAAAGUGGUUGAUUUGAUAAAAGCGGCAUUGGUUACACCUGUGAUCACCACUCCGCCUGGUGAAGGUGAGAAGAAGAAAAAGAAGAAGAGGAAGUACCAAAAGAAGAGGGUGUUAGCUGAAGAUGAACCAAAGCCUGACCCAUAUUGGUUAGAUACCUUUUUUGGUUUUGCGCCUGAGGAGGCUGAGAAGGUUCCUUCUUGGGGGCAUUGUGGAAUUCUUAGUCCCCUUCUAGCUAAUGUAUGUCUUGAUGAGUUGGACCAUUGGAUGGAGGACAAAAUAAAGGAAUUCUAUCGUCCUUCAAAAAGCGAUGUCAUAUGGAAUGAACCGGAUGGGGAAGUGGAACAAGGAAAUACAUCUUGGCCAGAAUUUGUUCCAACAAGUGGGCCAGAUAGGACCCGAAAGAUUGAUUAUAUCCGUUAUGGGGGUCAUAUUCUGAUUGGAGUUAGGGGACCCAGGGCAGAUGCAGCAACUUUGAGAAAGCAGUUAAUUGAAUUCUGCGAUCAGAAAUAUCUCUUGAAGAUUGACAAUGAGAGCCUCCCUAUUGAACAUAUAACCAAGGGCAUAUUGUUUCUUGAUCAUGUACUUUGUCGUCGAGUUGUGUAUCCAACACUUCGGUACACUGCAACUGGUGGAAAGAUAAUUAGUGAGAAGGGUGUGGGCACACUCCUGUCAGUUACAGCAAGCUUGAAACAGUGCAUAAAACAAUUUAGGAAGUUGAGUUUUCUCAAGGGGGAUAGGGAUCCAGAUCCACAGCCUUGUUUUAGAAUGUUUCACGCCACUCAAGCACACACAAAUGCACAGAUGAACAAGUUAUUGUCUACAAUGGUUGAAUGGUAUAGAUAUUCUGACAAUCGGAAGAAGGUAGUAAAUUUUUGUUCUUACAUCAUAAGGGGUUCACUCGCUAAGCUCUAUGCUGCAAAAUACAAGCUCCGAUCUCGAGCAAAGGUAUACAAGAUUGGUGCACGGAAUCUUUCACGUCCUUUAAAGGAGAAAAAGGGUCAGUCACCACAGUACCAUAAUUUGCUCAGGAUGGGUCUUGUUGAGUCAAUUGAUGGGCUUAUGUAUACUCGAAUGUCUUUGGUUCCGGAGACUGAUUACACACCAUUCCCCACUGGCUGGAGGCCUGAUCAUGAGAAAGCAUUGCUUGAAUAUAUAAGUCUGGAUGACUCCAAAACCCUAGAGGAGCAGCGAAGUUCCCUGAGAGAACAAGGUCUGUUUUCACCUCAGGAUUACAUCUCAAUGCUUGUAUGGAAUUACAAACGGAAUGCUAUUGUCAUUGAUCAGCUGCCCACAUCAGUGACGAGUGGCAAUAACAUAGAAAAUGGAAAGCAAUUGUUAUUGGGAUCAAAUGAUGGAAGCAAUGAAAGAAUAACUAGAGAUGAUGAAGUUGGGGAAGAAAGAUGUCACGCUGCAUUAGCUGUACUUUGAGAGUGAUUUUUUUCUUCUGUUUUUACCAUGUAAUUGGUUCUCCCAACUAGUUAUGAGAAAACCAGUCCAAUGACUUCACUUCUGCAGUGUUUUGUUAAUCCAAUUCAGAAUUAAGAAAAUAUAGAGUAGCUUGUGAUCCUUUUGUACUAUUUUAUAAUAUUGUUGCAUUAGCUGUCAUUCAUUUCUGGUACUUUCGAUGGUUGGUCAUUUGUUAGUAGAUGUCCAAAUGAAAACAGCAGUGACUUAUUGUUA